AUCCCGCGGCUCUCAUCUCACCCUUGCUGUGUUAUACUCUCCUCUCCUCCAUUUCAAUCUUGACGAGGAACCCUAUCUUUAGAUUUCAGGAGAAAUAAACAUAUUAUCAAGCUUAGUGUUUCUGUCUUUUAUAUUAUUACACCCCAUUGUAAACAAUCCAACUUGAGUCCCAUCCACACCGUCAAUCCUCCAGUCAUCAAAUCAAAACCCUUGUGUCUUGUUGAGCACCACCUUACCCUGUACCCUAAUGCAUCAUAACAUCUCCUCUCCUCUCUUAUAAGUGCCUCACUCUUAUCCCCUCGUCUCUUCCCAACUUCCACCUCCCACCUCUCCUUUCCCUCGCCGGAAUUUCACCAAUUUCCGGCGCCUUCACCGUCAUUACCACCGCCACCAAUAAAAAAACGACCCCAGAGCAACCAGUUCUCUCAAAAUUAUCAAAAUGGCUUCCAUGUUAACAUAUUUACCCUCUCUACCAAAACUUUCUGUACCAAAUACGAAAAUGAAGUCCGUUCCUUUGCUAUCUAAACGCGUAAAGAGCGUUAAAACAAAUGGUGGGUUGUGUACACUGGCGUGCUCUACGUCAUCGUUUGUGGGAAGAGUCGGUUUGCAGCGAAGAGAAGGGAAUGUUUCUGUGCUUUCGUUUGGGAUAAAUCCUGAUUCUGCAGCACACGUGGCGAAUAAUGAUUCGUCUCAUGUUUUGUCCGCAAUGCUUCCCUUUGUUGUUGCUGCUACUGCUGUUGCUGCUCUCGCUCAACCUUCAACUUUUACUUGGGUGUCCAAGGAAUUAUAUGCACCUGCUUUAGGUGGGAUCAUGCUGUCUAUUGGAAUUAGACUUUCCAUUGAUGAUUUUGCUCUUGCAUUUAAAAGACCUUUACCAUUGUCAGUUGGGUUUGUAGCACAGUAUGUGCUCAAACCGGUACUAGGAGUGCUAAUUGCAAGGGCAUUUGGGAUUCCCCGGAUUUUUUAUGCAGGUUUUGUUCUCACCUGUUGUGUUGCAGGGGCUCAGCUAUCAAGCUAUGCUAGCUUUUUGAGCAAAGGAGAUGUGGCCUUGAGCAUUCUUCUCACCAGCUGUACCACCAUUUCUUCAGUUAUAUUCACCCCUCUUUUAACAGGGCUUCUUAUUGGAUCUGUUGUGCCUGUUGAUGCCAUAGCUAUGUCGAAGUCAAUAUUGCAGGUUGUCUUAGUUCCAGUCACUCUUGGCCUUGUGCUCAAUACUUAUGCAAAGCCAGUUGUGACUGUUCUUCGACCUGUGAUGCCGUUUGUUGCUAUGAUAUGUACCUCACUGUGUAUUGGUAGCCCUCUUGCAAUUAGUCGGAGUCAAAUUUUAUCAACAGAGGGUCUGCAGUUGAUUCUUCCAGUAUUGGCAUUUCAUGUAGUGGCAUUUGCUGCAGGCUACUGGAUCUCGAAGAUUCCAGCUUUCAGGCAAGAGGAAGAAGUUAGCAGGACAAUCUCGUUAUGCAGUGGAAUGCAAAGCUCCACCUUAGCAGGGCUUCUGGCAACCCAAUUCCUUGGGAGCAGUCAAGCAGUUCCAGCAGCAUGCUCAGUAGUUGCUAUGGCUAUAAUGGGUCUAUGCCUUGCUUCUUUCUGGGGCAAUGGGUGGCAAAUACGCAACCUACGAUACUUGAUUGCACCACAUCCUGGAGCAUCUGAGAAUAAUACUUGAUGAAUUAACACCAGAUGCAGAAAUGCAGCAACAUGUCCAGAGAUGGGGAAAUACUGAUGAGCUCUUGAUCUUGUCAAUUUUCUUAGUUUUAAGAAACUGCCAGUUUUUGGGUGUGGAUGACAUGAGAUAGUAAAAUACUAUACAGAGAAAGUAUAUAUAGCGGGAAAAAUGAGUGUGGGCAGAGAUGUAAAGUUAGGAGAGUUACUUACUUCAACUUGCUAGCUAUGUACAUCCACUGUACGUAUGUAUGUAUGUAUGAAUGUAACUCUAUUUAAUCAUAGUGUAUUGUAUAUGCUAUGUUUCUUGGCUACUGGACAUUUUUUUCCCCCAAAGAAAAUAAGCAUUGAUUGUCAGUAGCUGCAGUAAUACAAAGGGGAAAAUUAAAA